AUGCAAAGCGAUGUGGACAAGCUUACUGCGCGCCUAUCUGGAGCACGCUCGGGAGCCUCGAAAGUAGUCGCCCAAACGUCACAGUUGCGAGCAAAACUCUCCGAUUCGGAACAUCGCGCGGCGGUUAGCGGUGCUUUUCUACAACGAUUUGUGCUCAGUCCGGAUCAGAUGACCGCUCUGGAGUCUGACACUGUGGACGCCUCGUUUCUCGGAGCUUUGCACAAGUUGGAGAAGAUUCACGACAACUCUAGAGUCUUGCUCCGCAUGAAAAAUCAACGCGCGGGGCUCGAAGCUCUCGAAUUUGCGGCGACAAAACGAGAGGAGGCUUACGAGAAAGUAUUCCGAUUCGUUCAGGCCCAAUGCGGGACAUUGGAUGUGGAUGCAGAAGAGCAGGAAGAGGAGGCUGCCCUCCUCAGACAGGCUAUUCGUGCUCUUCGGGCGCGACCCAUGUUACUACGUUUCUGUGCUGAAGAGGUUGGCUCGGCACGACGCGCAUCUCUAGUUUCCAGAUUUGUUUCGGCCCUCACGAAGGGGGGACCUGGAGGUAUGCCAAGGCCGAUUGAACUCCAUGCACAUGACCCCAUGCGAUACACAAAUGACAUGCUCGCUUGGAUUCAUCAGGCUCUUGCCUCGGAGAAGGAGCUCACGAAUCGCCUGUUCACUGCUGACGCUAAUGAGUCUGACGAAAGGACGAAAAGCCACAAUGAGGAGCUCGCCCUGAAGGUUUUGAAUACUGUUUUCGAUGCCCUGUGUCGACCAUUUCGUAUUCGCUUUGAGCAAGCCCUUGAACAAACUCUACCUGUAGUCGUCCUGUACCGCCUGGCAAGUCUCCUUGAGUUCUACGCUAGCACAAUGUCUCAACUACUGGGUCGUGACGCUGCACUACCGGAAAUGCUUAUGGAGUGCAAUUCUAUUGCCAUGUACGGCUUUUUCUCUGCUUGGAAGUCGAAAAUGGAGUCCUUCCGCGUAGCUGGAAUUGGACCAUCUGAAGAUCUCAUGCCGCCAGUAGCGGUGAACCAAUCUAUGACGCGCUUGGACGAGAUCAUGGCUACUCUAGACGCCAGCUUGACACCUGAAGAUGCCAGGCAAGGGCAAAUUUCUGCUGUCUUAGAGGUAAUUCUGAAUCCUUUACAGGCGCUGUGCGAAAGCAUGUCGACGAAACGCCUUGCUGCGCUGGAGCAACAUGUCUUUAUGGCAAAUUGUAUUGACUCCAUGAGAAUGCCACUCAUGGCUUACUCAUUUGCUACGUCUAGAGUGGAACAACUGACAAAGACAGCAGACGUGCACAUCGAUCACUACAUUCGGUUAAGUUCAGUAAUAGUGUUGAGGCGGUGUGGCCUGGCAGACCGGGCACGAAUCCUAUCGGAAGCAAAACAAGCCGCUGCUGAUACAACAAGGUCAGAAAAGGACGAGGGUUCGAGCGCAUCAAAAGGAGGUUUCAUCCCUCUUUCGAAAGUUGCAGGUAUGGAUGCGGAGGCACUGUCGAUAUCUGUGAAGAAUUUUUAUGCAAUGUUGUUCGGUGGAAGCACGAUUGGGUCAUCUGAGGCGUUGCAACCACCGCACGUCUCAAAUAUCACAAACGUCAGAGCUAGAAACCGGGCUAGGGCUGCAGUGGCAGAAAUUCUUGCGAGGACACACACAGAAAUUUAUAAUGCAGUUCAAGAUCCGGCAAACCAAUACGGUCCAGAUGCCGUCUCCGCCGUAGGCCUUCGUGAUCCGCAAAAGGUUGAGCUAAUCUUGUCGAACGGGCACAUCGGUAGUCGGUAGAACCAAGCUUGUCGAUGGAACGCAUCGCUUGUCGGUAGAACAAGCCCAUCUACACUGUGUGAAAAUGUAUGUAUCAUCACACGAUUGGUUUCUUCACAGAAGCAUCACAACUCGAGAACAACCGAACUCUGCGCCAUUAAGUUUGCGUCUAAACGGAGUACGGGUUGUCGCAGUUGUCAACAUCUAUGUCGAUUUGACUAAACUCGUUUUGCGGGUAAUGCUCACUACGAAUUUUGUUGAAGUGGUGGACCUCUGCAUGAAAUUAUCGUCAGGAGUGAGGUACAGCCGAUACCAAUCAGAUGCCAGAUGCAUCCCUUCUUUGCAUUCUCAAUCUCGCGAUUGAUCUCUUCCCUCUUCUCGGACCCUUCGUUUCGUACAGCUACAAUUCGCUCAAUACGAUCUAGCUUCACCACUCUCCCUCCUUCAGCACACCAAUCCAUCAUCACUAAACCAAUGACUUCCCACUUCAA